AUGUUUAGUAGUGUGAUAGUCAUUGGUGCUGUCACCAAAUAUAUCCAGUUUUUCUCUGUGGCAUAUGACAUCUCUGAGAUGGCUUCCAAUGAGACUAACUCAACCAUCCUCUGCCUUUCUUACCUCCUACCCAAGGCGGCCAGCAUGGUGCUCUCUCUGUUCUACACAGCCCUCUUCAUCUUCAGUGCCCUGGGAAACAUCCUUGCCCUUUGCCUUGCCUGCCAAAAGGGUGAGAAGAUCAACUCAACAGGCAUCUACUUGGUCCACCUGGCAGUGUCUGACCUCUUGUUCACAUUAGCCCUUCCCGGAAAGAUCACCUACUACGCCCUGGAGUUUAGCUGGCCUUUUGGUGACUGGUUCUGUAGGCUGACGGCAUUCAUUUUCUACCUAAACACCUACGGGGGUGUCUACCUCAUGACGUGUGUGAGUGUGGACCGUUACCUGGCUGUGGUCCGUAUUCACCAGUGUUCCAAGCUCCGCAAGGCUGGCCGAGCACAGUUGGUGUGUGUGUGUGUCUGGGCCCUGGCACUUCUGCAGACGAACACAUUCAAACUGUCUCUUCAGAUCACGGUGUCCCUCAUGAAUAUUAACUGUUGUAUUGACCCCAUCAUAUACUUCUUUGCAUCUAAAGAUUAUAGGAAAUGGCUCCUCAGCAUUUUAAAACUCAGAGUGUCAGCAUCGUCCUCCUCCUCCUCAGGAAAAGCUUCCUCAGAAACACCGAGUGUCAAUCAGACAGUAGGCUCUGUCCCCCUAGCGGAGAGCAAGGCCUAA